GUUUGUUUUGAUGAGGGAACAGAGACAACACGAGGAGGCGUAUUUUUAAAAAAUGCUAUGUUACUUCCUUUAAGAAGCAUGGCAUCUUCUCCAAGAAAGUAUAAAAGACGAAGUACGAUGCUCAAAAUAACAUUCUCACUUAAAAAAAGCCUUGAGUCUGCAUCUUUAAAAGAAGAAAAUACAGGUUAGUUCACAUAAAAGUUCAAAUCAAAUACUUACCGCCAUUUUUUCCUUCCACACUGUUUAUUAAUAAAUAUAUUUACGUUUUCUUUUUUCUAGAAUCAAGAUGAAGCUUUGGAUACUUCUUGUUUGCUUUCUUGUUGGAACACUUGCCGGUAAGUUCAACUUUAUUUAUAUCAAAUUUUACCUUAAUUAAAGAUUUUGUUAGAUGAAAUUACUGUAUGGUUUUAAUCAAUCAAGUGACUUUAAUGUUCAGUUUGUAUUUAUUUCAGUAAUUGCCGAAGAAGAUGUUCCUAGCAAAGACGAAGAUGAGGAAAGCGAUCCUAGUACGUAUGGUGGAUAUGCAGGAAGAGGAGUUGGAUAUGGUGGAAGAUAUGGCGGUCAUGGAGGACGGUAUGGCGGUCAUGGAGGACGAUAUGGUGGUCAUGGAGUACGAUAUGGUGGCCACGGAAGACGCUAUGGCGGUCAUGGAGGACGAUAUGGUGGCCAUGGAAGAUACGGAGUAGGAUACGGAAGCUACGGCGGACGUGGACAUUCUGGAUACGGAAAAAAAGCAUACGGUGAUCCAAGUUAUAAAGUCUACAAAAGCGUGUAUUCUCAUGGUAAACACGGGGGAAGAUACGGCGGAUAUGCUGGAAGACGAGUGAGAUAUGGUGGCAGAUAUGGCGGUCAUGGUAGACGACUUGGCGGUCAUGGUGGACGAUAUGGUGGUCAUGGAAGCCGAUAUGGUGGCCAUGGAGGACGUUAUGCUGGUCAUGGAGGACGAUAUGGAGGUCGGCGUGGGCAUGGUAAAUAUGGAAUAGGAUACGGAAACUACGGUGGACGUGGAUAUUCUGGAUAUGGAAAAAACGCAUACGGUGAUCCAAGUUACAAAGUCUACAAAAGCGUGUAUUCUCAUGGUAAACACGGGGGAAGAUACGGCAGAUAUGCUGGAAGACGAGUGGGAUAUGGUGGCAGAUAUGGCGGUCAUGGUAGACGACUUGGCGGUCAUGGUGGACGAUAUGGUGGUCAUGGAAGCCGAUAUGGUGGCCAUGGAGGACGAUAUGCUGGUCAUGGAGGACGAUAUGGAGGUGGGCGUGGACAUGGUAAAUAUGGAGUAGGAUACGGAAACUACGGCGGACGUGGAUAUUCUGGAUAUGGAAAAAAAGCAUACGGUGAUCCAACAUACGGAUACGGAAGAGGGUAUGGAAGUGGAUACGGACUUGGUGGUUACGGAGGACGAGGGUAUGGAAGCGGUUACGGAUAUGGAGGUGUAACAGGCGGAUAUGGCGGAUAUGGAUAUGGACAUAAAGCAUAUGGUGAUCCAACAUAUGGACACGGAAGUGGAUACGGAAGUGGAUACAGAAGUGGAUACGGACUUGGUGGUUAUGGAGGACGAGGUUAUGGCGGCGGUUACGGUUAUGGGGGUGUAACAGGCGGAUAUGGUGGAUAUGGUUACGGACACAAAGCAUAUGGUGAUCCAACAUACGGAAGUGGAUACGGAUAUGGUGGAUAUGGAGGACGUGGUUACGGUGGCGGGUAUGGAUACGGUGGUAGCCGAGGCGGAUAUGGUGGAGGUAGAGGCGGAUAUGGCGGUUAUGGGGGUUCUGGUUAUGGACACAAGGCAUAUGGAGAUGAGCAAUAACUUUCAUUGUAAAUUUAAAAAUUGUAAUUAUACUGGUGUUUCAAUAAAUAGCAUAUAGUGAUACUUCACUCA